CAGACAUCCUCACUGGUACAGGCUGCACCAGAAUGAUCGGUUUGCUUUCUGUUUUGUUUGCCUUCUGUGUUGUUAGCUGUUGGAUUUGACUAACAGAAUGAUAUCGGACGAACAUAACUAAACGCUGAAUUUGUGAAGAUGCCAAAACAUUUGAAUAUAAUGUCUUAGCGUCAAGUAAUAGAUCAGUGCUGGUUUAUAUUUAGCAGAUGAAAGCUGUGAUGCAUGAUCACUAUGUCUCAGCCCCAAGAUAAGGAUGGGAAUGGAAGCCCACACUGCACACAGCUGUACAUGGACAUCCCGUCCUCAUGUCUGCCCAUCGUUUAUUCCUCUCUUUACAACAUCACCUUCAUGGGACUGGAGAAACUACACCCCUUUGAUGCAGGGAAGUGGGGGAAAGUCAUCCGCUUCCUAAAAGAGGACAAGAUUAUAACUGAUGGCAGAAUCGUAGAGGCUCGGGAGGCGACCGAGGACGACCUACUUGUCGUUCACACCAAACGCUACCUCAGCCGUCUGAAGUGGUCCCUGAUUGUGGCAUCCAUCACAGAGAUCCCACCCCUCGUGUUCCUUCCUAACUUCCUGGUUCAGAGGAGAGUUUUGCGACCACUCAGGACCCAGACUGGAGGCACCAUCAUGGCUGGGAAGCUGGCAGUAGACAGAGGCUGGGCCAUCAAUGUAGGCGGGGGGUUUCACCACUGUUCCAGUGAUAGGGGAGGAGGAUUCUGUGCUUAUGCAGAUAUCACCUUAGCGAUCAAGUUCCUGUUUGACAGGGUUGACAGAAUCUCUAGAGCUACCAUCAUAGAUUUGGAUGCACACCAGGGGAAUGGCCACGAACGGGACUUCCUGGAUGACAAGCGUGUUUUCAUCAUGGAUGUCUACAAUCGAUACAUCUACCCUAGAGACGAAUACGCUAAGAGGGCCAUAAAGCGUAAGGUGGAACUGGACUGGGGGACGCAGGAUGAAGAGUAUCUGCAGAAGGUGGAACUGCACUUGGAGGGUGCUCUAAACGAGGUCCGUCCAGACAUCCUAGUUUACAACGCUGGGACUGAUGUCCUGGAUGGGGACCCUCUGGGAGGGCUGGCCAUAUCGCCUCAGGGCAUAAUUAGACGGGAUGAGGUUGUGUUCCGGGCUGCUCAGAGGAGAGGGAUCCCCAUUCUGAUGGUGACGUCGGGAGGCUACCAGAAGAAGACCGCUCGCAUCAUUGCUGACUCCAUCAUCAACCUACGAUGCCAGGGCCUGAUUGGAGGAAAUGAGGAUGGGGAGGGGUCAGAGGGGUGUGUGGGCGGAGUCUCUCUAAUGAUGUGCAGUGCUAGCUCCUCCCCUUCUUCAGUGUUAAAAGAACAUGCCCCCAACACCAUUUGACCGGGAAAGAAUCUGCCCCCAACACUAUUUGACCGGGACAGAACCUGCCCCCAAAACCAUUUGACCGCAACAGAACCUGCCCCCAAAACCAUUUGACCAGGACAGAACAUGCCCGCAACACCAUUUGAGUGGGACAGAAUCUGUCCCCCAACCCCUUUUGAAAGGGAAAGAAUCUUCCCCCAAAAUCAUAUGACUGGGACAGAAUCUACAUAAUAAUAAUAGUGACACUGUUCCCAGCAUAAUGCACUCUAUUCCCAACAUAAUGCACCCUAUUCCCAACAUAUUGCACCCUAUUCCCAACAUAAUGCACCCUAUUCCCAGCAUAAUGCACCCUAUUCCCAACAUAAUGCACCCUAUUCCCAGCAUAAUGCACCCUAUUCCCAGCUUAAUGCACCCUAUUCCCAGCAUAAUGUACCCUAUUUCCAAAAUAAUGUCUCCCUAUUCACAACAUACUACAUGUUUUUCCGAACACAAUUUACCCUAUUCCCAGCAUAAUUUACCCUAUUCCCAGGAUAAUUUACCCUAUUCCCAGCAUUAUUUACCCUAUUCCCAGGAUAAUUUACCCUAUUCCCAGCAUUAUUUACCCUAUUCCCAGGAUAAUUUACCCUAUUCCCAGCAUAAUGCACUACAUUUAGUCCUAAGGACUAUAAGGUUUUAUAUUUGCACUAAACUGGGGGUUUCUUAACAGAUAUAGAAUCAGACCAUUGGAUAUCUGCAAUUCCUGUCAUCACUUGAUAAAGAACAAAAACAUUAUUCUGGUAUUUUUUAUGUUAUACGAUUGUUAGAGGAUUUAAAGGGAACGCUACAAUUCUGAAAAUUUAUUUGUCAAUGUUUCAUUGAAAAGGAGUAUCCUAAAA